AUGCUUCCUCCGCCUUCUCUCCUCGCCUCCUCUCGACAUCUCCCACAGCUCCAGCUCUCGACCGUACAGACACAGGACUCUUCUAUCCCAAGCAGCAUCUCCCAGCUACCGCCAUCAUGUCUGUCAAGAUCGGAACCACCAGACUCUUUCCCUUCUUCCGCUGCCUUUGACCUGAUCAACGACACGCUCAAGGCCAACCCCAAGGAGCGCGAGGCCGCCAUCAAGGCUGCCCAGGGCAUCUUCGCCUUCACCCUCACCAACGAGGCUGGCGCCACCGAGAGCUGGUACCUCGACUUCAAGAAGGACGGUGUCGCCUGCAAGGGCGCUGCUCCAGAGGGCGGCAAGGCCGAUGUCACCCUCGUCCUGUCCGAGAAGGACUUCGCCGGCCUCGUCGCUGGCACCGCCAACGCCCAGCGUCUCUUCAUGGGCGGUAAGCUCAAGAUCCGCGGCAACGCCAUGAAGGCCAUGAAGAUCGAGCCUAUCCUCAGCAAGGCCAAGGCCAACACCGGCGUCAAGGCCAAGUUGUAA